CACCGUCUCGCGGCUCGCUGGCAUUUUAUUGCAACAAUCCGUAGCAAGUGUGUCGUCUCCUGCUCGAUUUAAGAAGUGCGUGACAGUCAGUUGGUGAUAUCCGUAUUGGCGAGUCAGUUCGCUUAGUGGAGGAACGCGAUGUCGUCAACCGCCAAGUUUACUGCGGACGAGCUGCUGGGUGGUGCAGAGUCCUGGGUCGAACUCAAUCCUGUCCCAGCGGACAGAGUGACACCUUUACCAUUCAGCACCGGCGGUGAAGAGUACCUACGGCUUCUUCGAGAAGCCCAAAGGGACUCCACGCAAUCCUCCGCUAGACAUUCCUUGGCAUCCUCUCGUCGAGAUACUCCACGAGACAGCCCAAAAAGCCCACCGAAUAGUCCAAACACGGAGUUAUCCACCGAGGACGAGCUUAAAGGCGUUUACAUUAAUUACACGUACAACAAGGACGGAGAAUUGCUGGAGAAGAAUGGGGAUUGGAUUUAUGAAUGGAGCUCUCGUCCAGACCAGGCACCACCUAAAGACUGGAAAUUCAAGCAUCCACCCGGCGUUACCAAGAGGAAAACGUAUAGCAUUCGCACUGCGAAGGUUGGCAAGAAUGGACUCUUCUCCAAGGAAGUUCUGUACACCCUUUUCCUUACCAACAUUCUCUCUCUGCUCAUCGGCACCGGUUUUGGAGUCUGGCUGACCAGGCGAGGACUCAUGAUGCCACGUGUCGCCAUCGAGUGAAUAUGACGAUCAUGUGAUACGAACUACGAAAGAUUAACGUUGUAAGUAAUGGAGGAGAAGGGAUAGCUGGCUAAUGGGACGCAAGCAAGACUGAUGCUGGAGGGCAAUCAAGCCUAAAUACACUGCACACACAUAUACACAAUUAUUCGCAUUAUCCAAUAUAAUUAAUAUUUCUAUUUUAAUCUCUUUCUAUAAAGCGUACUUCAUGAAAGAUAACGUGUACGAUUUAAGUUAUGCGUAUAUGCAUAUCCGUAUAUGUAUAUAUACACAGGCUGGAAGAGAUGUAUAUGUAUACGGGUAUGUCGUAUAUAUUUGUAUGCAUAGAUGCUUAGGAAGAAAAAUGUGGAAAUUACAAAAAAAAAAAGGAAUAACAUGAUGUCUAAGUAGUCUAGUUUUGGAGUGAAAAGAAAAAGAUAACCUGUCCAUUUUAUACCGUUUCUAAUACGUUUCUAUCUGCGAUAGUACAUAGGCAUAGCUUGGAUAGUAUUUAUCGGUAACUCUUACUGAUUAGGAAAUCGCGAUGUGAACCCGGCACUAGUAGAGGACAAUUUGUAUUACGAGUACGAGUAAUGGAAACGUUUUCUCAUGCGAAGUUGUGUAUUGGCUUCUCCAGAAGGUAUUUCGAGAUGUGUAUUUAUUUGACCAACGAAAAAUGUGCUUAAGAAGAAUUGAUACGAUGCUAUUCAUUCAAUAUGAUUUGGCGCAACAACUUCUUUUUUUAGCUAAUACAUUGUUACGUAACGUAUGCCAACUGUCAUUUAUUUUUUUUAAGUUAUCGAUUUUUCAUUAUGUUGGAAGUACAUUAGUCACUUUUUAUUUUAUCACUUUACUCUGAAGAGUUGAGGUGGUUCCUUAUGGCGAACAAUGCAUUUCUCUGCUUUGAAAAUUUUAUGCGUCAUAUCGAUACAUCAUUUGAUGUCGCUAAUUCAGAAAAUUGUAUGCCGUGGCAGUUGCGCGCGAAGAAAAGAUAUUCGGUCGGCGUAAACCAAUCUUUAGUGCUCUAGUAGAAUUAGACGUUAAAUUAGUUGUUCGUUGCACGUGUAAGCUACCUUAGGGCGCCCGUGAAAUGUGCAUUGCAUUUUUUGUUUUUGAUUUUAAUUAAUACUCUUUCUUUAUCGUUUGCAUUAUGUGUUUGGUAUGCAAGGUAUUAUUGCGCAAAUCAAAAGGAGCCUUGUUUGUUGGAUCUGUUAAAAUUUUCAGGAUAAAGGAAUAAUUGUAAUUGUUAGUUUGGGCACGAAGUUAUUAGUCACGUGUCACCAAUGUGAAUCGGAACUUACUCGCUUAUACUUUGUACUAUUAUAUUUCUAUGCUGAACAAUUGCACAUGUUUAUUAUUAUGCUACUCAUCGCAAUGAGUCUUCACGGUUGUAGCCUUUUAGUAUGCGCGAGCAAUCAUCAAUGAGAGCUUCGCCAUAAUUGUCGUGUCUCAAUUGAUAUAUCGUUAUUCAUAAACGAUAUCAAGUAGAGAAACUUGAUAAGCGCAUUGUCUGUAAAAUUAAUCGGGUGACAGCCACUAUAUUCUGUUAUUCAAAUAUGAGAGAACUUUCGACAAAAAUUUAAUGGUUUUCAUUUGAACGUUAAACAUUCUAUCUGUUCUCUUUGUUUUGUCUUUUCUGUUUUCAUUCUCCAUGGUGUUAAUACUUUCUUGCUGAGGAAUUGCUUAUCGAUCGAUAAACUGAUGUCAUCCGUACUUGUGUGUUUCACACGUUAAAUACCUCUUGACCAAUAUUGAAGCCGAAUAAUUUGUGGUUCGCAAAUUUAUUUUAACAGCAAUAUCGCGAUGUUAUAUUUUCAAUGAAGCGACGCUUCAUUGUUUUUUUUCUUAUAUGAAGAUGAAUUUGUAUAUCAAGAUUGGCCAUGUUAGUGAGUCAGUAUAUAAAAGAUGAAUAAAUGAUUAAAAGCUCUUUUCCAUCUUGCAAAAUUUCCACUACGAUUCUAUCAAUUAUAUUCUGCAUUGUAUGUAUACGUGAAAUGUAAUUCUAAGGCUUUGAAGGGACGGUGUUAGAAGUAUAAAUGAUUAUUACAAUGCAGAGUAAUGCAGUAAAUAUUUAAAAACUGUCAAGAAGAAAUUUUCUAUUCGGUUCCUGUAACGAACAAACAAAUUUUAUUCUAAUUCGAUUUUCUCAAAUUAGACUUCCAGGAACCAGCUUAUGAACGCGCAAAAACAAUAAUACUAUUUCUUCUGUUGCUUCCCUAAGCUACCCGUGAAAUUUAAUAGACAAUAAAUUAUUACGCAAUUAUCUUUAACAGAUGCAAUUAAAAGUUUAAUUAGAAGACUUCUACUACGUCUUUGGUCAAUGCCAUAUGGGCAGUGAACUUUCUAUUGCUAUUCUUAGCAAAAACAAUAUGUCAAUAUAAUAGCGCCGUUAACCGUGGACAACGUGAAAUGAUUCUACUUGAUCAACCUCGAAUUAAAAAAUUGUUUAUGCAUCAGAAUUAAUUUUGAUUUACAUUGUUAUCAGUUAAGAUAAGUUUGUUUGUAUAGCAGGAAAGCUUCUUUAUUAGCAACACAAUAUUAUUUAGUUGGACAUCAAUGAACUUUUCAGUGAUAUGUGAAUUUUAUUGAUUUAAAAUUGACGUCUUUGUACCGAAAGAUAAUCGUCAGGAAUAUUCUUGUUUGACAAGAAGAAUUGUAUUUGACCUCCUCUCUUUCGUUCAAGAGGAAAUAUUUAAUUAGUGGUUCCGUUUGUAACGUGAAUUGUAUUUUGAAGUAAGCGGCAUACAGUAAUGGAUUUAUUAAUGUGAUUUGUAAUCGCAUUGGUGGGAAUAUUCAUAACUUGAUUGCAACGUUUGUCAUCUUUAAUUUUAUUAUUUACGUUUGCAAAUUACGGUGUUGAUGGUAUUACUGUGAUUCUAUAGUUGCGAGAUGCCUGAUGAUUAUUUUACUUAUUCUCCUUAAUACGACGAAGUAUGUAUAUGUUUCACUGUUUGUAAUUACUAAGAAAUAAAGCAUUUUGUAAAUUUA